AUGAAGGUCGCUACAAACUCAAGAACUGGGGAGAUUCUUGCCGGCAACAUCAUCCCCCAAGUAAUUGCUUCAACCUUCGUAGUCGCAAGGAUAAUAUCUAAAGCUGUCAUACGACGAAAAUGGAGUGCGGAUGAUACCAUGCUCUGCAUAGCAUGGACCUUCUCCAUCGCACUCACCGUCCUCUCCUGUGUCCUUACCGAUUACGGUGCUGGAAUACAUGCCGACGAGCUACCUUAUUGGGCGCUCAAGACCAACCGCAAGCUGCAAUAUGCCUCUCUACUCCUCUACAACCUCACCCUCUCCCUCACCAAAAUAACCAUCUGCCUCUUCUACCUCGACAUCUUUGCGGACCCGCUCAACCGGCGCCUUGCCCUCGCAGCCCUGACCUUCAUCGUCCUAUACACCAUCCCGCUCGAAACCAUGUCCAUCUUCCAGUGCACGCCCAUUGCCGGGUACUGGGAUAAGGAGGUGGCGGCCACGGCAACUUGCGUGCCCAUGCAGCCGCACUUCUAUGUAUCGGCCGUUUGCAACAUGCUGGCCGAUGCGUGGCUGGCAGUCCAGGUGGUGCCGAACAUCCUCCCCCUGCAGAUUCCGAGGCGGCAGAAAAUCGUGUUGCUUUUCGUCGUAUCUCUGGGCUGGCUAGUCAUCGUCGCCAGCAUCAUCCGCCUCGUGCGCAUCUCCGCCAUCCCCGAUGGCACCGACUUUACCUGGGCCAGCUACGACAUCACCAUCUGGUCCGCGGUCGAGGUCGACACCGGCCUCGUCUGCGUCGCCGCGCCCUCGACCAAGCCGCUGUUCAAGAAGAUCGCGCCCGAAUUUCUAAAGUCUCUAGGUUCUUCGUCGUCUUCCUCAGAAACUUUCAGCCCCGACGGUGUCGCGCCUGGUUCGUAUCCGCUGCAGUCGAUAGCAGGGACACAGGGGCCAGGGCGGUGGAGGCAUGGCGGCUCAAAGGGGACGCUGAGGUUAAACAGCGUGACCGAGGAGAGGGAGGAAGAGGACACGGUGGCAGCGGCGAUAGCGGCAAAGGAGAUUGAGGUGGGAAGUGGUGAUGCGCCGGGAUGGGGUGUCGGAGGGCUGCUGAGGUCUUUGUCUGGGAAGAGGAACAAGAGGGGCUCGCUGGCGAGCACUGUCAGCACCGAGAGUACAGGGAUGGGUGAGAUUAUGAAGCGCGUGGAGUUGACCGUGGAGACAACCGAGCGGGAUGUGGAAAUGGGUGACGGGCGGAGGAGUUUUGGUGGCUUCCGGAAUGCGGGGUCGGGCUGGCGAAACAGUUGGAGACCACAAUUUAUGACGAAAAUGUAG